ACGACCGGCGUGUGCGCAAGUGGUACGCUUAGAACAAAAGUGCGUGUAAAUUGUUUACAACUAACGUAAACAAAACGUGGCUAUUGAACUUAAGGAUUUAUCUUAUUUGGCAGAUCCUGAAAAAUGCUUGAAGGCACAAAGAUUCAAACGCCAUCACAAAUGACAAAAGUAUUCGACAUUGCAAAGGACACAGUCCUAUUCCUCCUUCUAUCCUGCUAUUACAUCUUGGAGUCUUUAUUCUGGACUCUAGUACCUAAUGCAAUAAGGCCUAUGAAGAGUUUGAAGGGAGAUGUGGUGCUGGUGACCGGGGGUGCUGGCGGAGUGGGGAGGCAGUUGGCGUUGAAGUUGGCAAGACUGGGAGCAAAGGUUGUUAUUUGGGACAUUAGUAAAGAAGGAUUACAAAAAACAUGUGAAGCUGCUAAACAAGAAGGAUACGACAUCGCUAGCUACGUCGUGGACUUAGGUGAUCGCAAUGCCACUUAUGCAGCUGCCGACAAGGUUAAAAAAGAGGUGGGCAAAGUUGACGUGCUUAUCAACAAUGCUGGCACAGUCUUCGGGGAGACCUUACUGGACCUCACAGACAACGCAAUCGAGACUACUUACAAAGUUAACAUCCUAUCGCAUUACUGGACAGUAAGGGCGUUCCUGCCAGCAAUGAUCGAGUCGGGCAAAGGCCACAUCGUCACCGUGGGUUCGGUGGCAGGCCUGCUCGGGACCUACCGCUGCACUGACUACAGUGCUACCAAAUUUGCCACUGUCGGGUUCCAUGAGAGUCUAUUUACUGAAUUGAGGGCGCACGGCCACAACACGAUCCAUGCGACUCUAGUCUGUCCAUACUAUAUAAAUACGGGCAUGUUUGACGGUGUCACUCCAAGGCUUAUGCCAAUGUUAGAGCCAGAAUAUGUUGCACAGACCAUGAUUGACUCUAUCCGCAAAAACGAGGUUAACUGUAUUAUGCCGGGAUCUGUCAGAUACUUGUUGCCUCUCAAGUGUCUCCUCCCAGCGAAGAUGUGCUGGGAUCUGAUGAGUCGCGUAAUGAAGGGACCACAAUCAAUGAUGGAAUUUAAGGGGAAACCCAAAGUUGCUGGUGGCUAAAGAAACCGGUUUUCAACUCUACGUGCAACAUCACAGUGCCCAUAUUCACCUACGAUGUAGGUAGAUGUAGCGGUGCAAGAGUUAAAUGAUAUAUUAGUAUUGUAAAU